CCAGUCAGUCACUGCAUCGGGUCCAUCUGCAAGAGUGUCUGAGCGCAGCCACACAGAGCGGCCGCCAACGCUUUGACUUCCCAGUGACGAGGAAAUGUGCUAAAACUUAAACUGGAGACACGGGAAGACAGAGGCACAGUUUACCCUGCCUAGCACCGUUAACAUUGUGGAUUAUAACACUGUUAAACCCAAGAAAAAGAACAACAAAGGUAACAAAAAGAGCUAACCAGUGAUGGAGGAGUCCAGCUCCCAUAAAGUGGUGUGGGACAGCGAUGCCAAAGCGGUGCAGCAGUGCUUGACAGAUAUUUUCACAAGUGUCUACACGACGUGUGACAUUCCUGAAAAUGCCAUAUUCGGGCCGUGUGUCCUGAGCCACACCUCUUUGUACGACAGUAUCGCCUUCAUUGCCCUCAAGUCCACCGACAAACGAACUGCACCUUACAUCUUUCGGGUGGACACUUCAGCGGCCAACAGCUCCUCUGAGGGAUUGAUGUGGCUUAGAUUAGUGCAAUCUGCAAGGGAUAAAGAAGAACAAAAUCUGGAGGCCUAUGUAAAAAAUGGACAGUUGUUUUAUAGAUCUCUCAGAAGGAUCGAGAAGGAUGAAGAGCUAUUAGUUUGGUAUGGAAAAGACUUGAUUGAGUUACUUCUCCUCAGUACCAGCAGAGCACAAGGCAAACUAAAAGGGUCUUCACCUUAUUUGUGUCCAGACUGUAAUCUGCGCUUCCAGUUUGAGUUUCCUUUUCUGGCUCACAUGAGGUUUCGGUGUGCCAAAAGAAUACAGACCAGUAACACCCCAGAUGAGAAUUCUUUAGACAACAGAGAGAAUGGCCUUCAAAAUACAGUGAACUCUAGCCUGAAGUUGUCAGGGUACACAAACUCACAAGAAGGAAAGCCAUCUACAGAUUUUCAUAACCUUGCCAGGGAUCUAGAAAACCAUCGAUCAUCUCCAAAUAUUGAUCAGAACUCUGAGAUCAAAAGUUUGAAUGGGCAUAAAAGAAAAUUGUCAGAAUUAGAGGAUGGUCGAAAUGGCACAAUACAACGAUCUCUUACUUCAAAAGAAGACUUGCUGUGCUUGCCACAUCAGUACAGAGGCAGCUAUGUGGGUUUAGAAGAAAACAGAAGGUCAUUUCCUCCGUCAAGUCCAGAACCUACAGAAGGCAAAAGAAGUGCAUUUACAGAAGUCAAGAAAAGCUUACAAGGUCUUAAACAAGGUACCAAAGGCCUUGGACCAAAUAUAGAGAAUAAGGAAAGUGGUCGGAACAGUGGCAGUCCAACAAACAAACUUAUCAGACAAGUGCUGACCGAGACGCAAGUCCAAUCUCGCAUAGAUGGCUCUUCAAUAGGAAGUGCAUUUACAUCAGUUCCACAGCAGCUCUGUGAGUCCUCUGAGAGGAAAAGUGCUUUCAGUCAACCCGUGCGAUCUUUUUCUCAGCUGUCACCGCUUGUCAUGACUCCCAAGCUUCUUCCAUCAGUGGAGUGCCAUCCGUCUGUUGGUGAUACUAUGCCAUCGAGCAGAUUGUACCAAGCAGAUCAUUUAGCUGCCAAGCUCCAAAGUUCAGAUCUAGGCAGCAAUUGUACAGUCCAAGGUAGCCUUCCAAAGCAGAGCCCUUUCCUUUAUGCCACAGCAUUUUGGCCAAAGACCUCAGGACCUAUUCAGCUUCAAAUGCCAUCGGCUCUUACCCUUUUGCCUCCUUCAUUCACCUCCCUUUGCCUUCCAGCACAAAAUUGGUGUGCUAAAUGCAAUGCCUCUUUUCGAAUGACUUCAGACCUCGUCUACCACAUGAGGUCUCACCACAAAAAGGAAUACUCAAUGGAACCGUUAGUAAAGCGACGAAGGGAGGAAAAACUCAAGUGCCCGAUCUGCAAUGAAUCCUUUAGAGAACGCCAUCACCUAUCCAGGCACAUGACUUCUCAUAAUUAGAUGAAUGCCUAAAAACAAACUGAGACUUAUUUUGAAAAGAACUUAUUACUAAAGGAAAAAAAAAAAAAAAAGAAAUGCAUUUUCAGUGCACAUAUUUUCACUUUCAAAAGGACUUUUUACAAAGUGUUAACAUUUCCAAGUAUGCAAAUGCUGACUAUGUUGAAAAAGACAAAACAAAACAAAAAAUAUUUCUACUUAAUUUAUGAAGCACUUAUAAUUUGGAAGUAUGGAAAAAAAAUCAUAAACAUAUGUGUAAACGUAAGUUUUAUUUUAUAUAAAGUAAUGAAAAAAAAUAAAAGUGUAGUUACAUUUGUUGGGGUAUUUAAUUUGUUGUGUGCACACACAAUAUAAAAUGUUGAAUAUUAGGAUCAAAUGAUUCUGGUAUGAAAUUCUUUAAAGUGCAUGUACAAAUGAAUAAAUUUGCAUUCCAAAUGCAGACUGUAAAGAACAUUGUAAAUAAUCAUCUUGUUUGAAUACAAAAGUGUACUAUUUUGUGCCAGUGGGGAAUAGUCACAGUGUCACUUCCUUUUGCUGAGAUUUAUUAUACUUGAUAGUUUACCUAAUUAUGUUGAAUGCUUUGACAAUAAAAUAGCUUUAUUUUCAUUGAAAAUUGUUUAGAUGUAUUUAUUCUUCAGCACAAUCAUGAAAUGAUUUACGAGCACGUACAUGCUGUACACAAAAGUUGUAUAUUUCAAUGGGUGAAAUAUUUUGAUCAAUCAUGUGCUUAUGCAGAAUAAAUAGUAAUGUUUAAAUUAUCUAAAACUAUGGAGAAGAGAAACUGGAUUAAUAUAUUAAUGACUAAAGUGUAACAUGAUGAACGUCAAUAAUGUCACCAUCGGGAUAUGGCAAAAAAGAAGAAUUAUUAUUUUUGAAAUAUAUUGCACUACUAUUUUCAGUUGCUUACAAAAUAUCCAUUUAGCCACAUUUAAUGUCAUUUUGUAAACUGUAAGAAGGGCUAAACGUUAAAUGGGUUAAAUGGCAUUUGUUAGAACAUGCUUGUCAAAAACCAAAUUGGCAAUAUUCAAAACAGCUAAGAAGGCUAAAGACCAAAGUUUUUCUCACAAUAGUUCUAGAAAUGUGUGUUUACACCUUUCAAAUAUAAAAAUACAUGAUAUGUAACUUGUGAUUGCACCUCCAAAAUAUUACAUUCAUGAGAAAACGAAAACUCCUCUGUUAAUGAUGAAAUAAAUAAAGAUAAAAAUCUA